GCGGAAAAGCACAUUCUGAAAAUGAGGUCUUUCUGGGAACAGCGAUGGAUUACAAUAGCAGUGGUAACUGUAGCAUUUGUGAUAGCUACCUCACAUUCAGAAUCACCACCCUUAUUAGUGGCGUCGCCGCCGUGUCCAUUCAACUCCAUCUUCAGUUUCGGCGAUUCUCUUGCUGACACUGGCAAUUUGUAUCUCGCUUCCCACCCUGCUUCUAAACCAUGCUUCCUUCCUCCCUACGGCGAAACCUUCUUUCACCAUGUCUCUGGACGCUGCUCCGAUGGCCGCCUCAUCAUCGAUUUCAUUGCUGAAUCAUUGGGACUUCCAUUGGUGAAAGCUUAUAUGGGAAAUAAGAAUGGCGACGGAGGAGCCAAUUUUGCUGUGAGUGGAGCGACGGCUUUGGAGCCCAGCUUCUUUGAAGAGAGGGGUUUUUCUGUCCCAACCAAUUAUUCUUUGACACUUCAAUUGAAUUGGUUCAAGGAAUUGCUACCUUCUCUCUGCAAUUCUUCCACAGAUUGUGGUAAAGUUUUUGAGAACUCAUUAUUUCUUAUGGGUGAAAUUGGAGGAAACGAUGUAAAUUAUCUUUUCUUUCAACGAAAGAGCAUAGCAGAGGUUAAAACAUAUGUUCCACAUGUGAUCAAUGCAAUAGCUUCAGCUAUCCAUGAGUUAAUUGGUGUAGGAGCUCACACACUUAUUGUUCCAGGGAAGUUACCAAUUGGAUGUAGUGUAAUUUUUUUAACUAUUUAUGAGACCCUAGAUGAGAAGCAGUAUGACCAAAGUGGGUGUUUGAAGUGGUUAAACAAGUUUGCUGAAUAUUACAACAGUGAACUUCAGAAUGAAUUAGACAAGCUUCGAGCAAUUCAUCCUCAUGCUAAUAUAAUAUACGGUGAUUAUUACAAUGCUGCAUUGCCUUUAUAUCGUGACCCCACAAAGUUUGGAUUUACUAGUCUUAAAGCCUGUUGUGGAAAAGGAGGUUCAUACAAUUUCAAUGAAUUAGUAAAGUGUGGUGAUCCAAGCGUGAAUGUUUGUCAUAAUUCGUCUGAGUAUAUUGGAUGGGAUGGAAUUCAUUUGACUGAAGCUGCAUAUAAAUUAAUCGCUCAAACUUUUGUAAAAGGACCAUAUUCUCAACCUCAAUUUAGUUCGUUGUGUUUAUCUAAUGCAAAUUUUAAUUAUUUCAGUAGCUAAAUUUUUUGUUUUGUUUUAAAGUGAGAAGUUCAAUGUAGCUAUUAUAAUAUACAC